ACCGAAUUAUUAUGCCCAGUGGAGUAUCACGUACCUUUAAAGGGAAUCAUCCAACACAUACACACCACUGCCAUUUCCACAUCCCAGCUACCACAAAAUACUGUGGGACGCGAAUCCGUCUUCCUGUUUAACUUCCUUGCGGCAGUUGUUGACGUUGGCAUCCCAAAGGCGGUUAUGCUCAACCGUCCACCAAAAAACACCAGGAGGGAUAUCGAUAGUCCGGGGACAACCUCAUUUUCUGAAGGUGACAAUAGGUCUUUCCAAAUCUUGACCCAAAAAUGCGAAGUAACACUAAUUGACGAAACCUGUUCUGACUUCCCAAUGAUUUUGUGGAAUGAAGAGCUGAUUGACUUUGCCCGCAAAUACUGGAAACCCAAGGUGAGAAAGGCCACUGUGUUAUCAGUCGUGGAUUGUCCCGUACGAUACGACACCUAUAGACGGGGCGUAGUGGCCGUACCAAAUGACAGGACAGGCAUCAUCACAAUGCCUUCGUGUGAAGAAGCUGUACGUUUGGGACAGUAUGCAAAGUAUUCGGACUGGACACCCAUUAUGGCCGGAAGUACGGAAAGUCAGCAGGCAUUUCAGCUUACACAGCCGUUUCCAGUUGCCGCUGGAAGGAUACCAGCAGAAGCCGUUGCCUGGGUAAAAGUUUUAUAUGCUACUGUUUCCGCAGCACUUAUUCACACGCAAGUACUUUACAACUUCUCCAAACUGAAGAUCCACAAUGCCCUCUACAUCUCAUUUCAGAUUGAGCAUAUACCUCUUUCUGGCAUACAUACAGUCCUUGCUAUCGAGGAUAUAAUUGCUGGGCGAAUAAACUCUGGCUUCGGAAUUGUAUUCGCAACCGUCACAAAGCUGCCGGUGGAUCUCGAUGACCCAACGCGUGCACUGCUCGUCUCAUGUUCUAACUGCCAGCGCAGAAUGCAGCCCUGUUGCGAGGGACAGCAAGAAGAAGAAGGCAUCGGGGCACAGACCACCUUGUUCAUUUGCGGCACACCCAACUGCCCAUUUAUGGGCCAACAAACUGAACCCCUCAGCACGAAUCGCGUUAUGGUUUGUUUGUUAUUUACCUGUACUGCUAAUAAUUGGAGUGCUUUAUGCGGCGAUGUUACUAUUCUGAUCCCUCGAAGUUGA